GCGGUGAAGGCGGAAGGGAACAUGAGCUUGAAACCAGCGCGGAUCUGUCACACCCCUUUUCUCUGAACACCGCAGACCUUAACCGAGACACAAACACUCACACUGGCCGGUCCGAGCUACAACAGCGCGAAGGCACGAGCGAGCCGGGAGAAAAAAAGGCUCUAUCUGAUUUUUCCCACAUCAUUCCGGGGUCCCUGAAUGUGACGCAUUGACCGACAACGCCAACCGUUUGAGGUGGGCUGAAUGCAGUGAUGUCCAGAUUCACUAAAUCCACCUCGAGAUCUCGCAGCCGCUCGAGAUCCCGAUCGAGGUCACGUUCGUCCUCUCGGUCCAGAAGUCGCUCCAGGUCCCGGUCCAGGAAGCAUCGCUACAGCUCCAGGUCUCGGUCAAGAUCUCAUUCUCCUUUCUCCAACCGUGAAAAGAAAUAUCCGCGGGGAUACCAGAACAGCAGCCGGGAGUUCCGGGGAUACCACCGUGGCUUCCGGAGGCCCUACAACUUCAGGGGCCGAGGACGGGGCCAGUUUCCUCGCGGGCGCUAUCAGCGUGGAGGUGGCGGCUACAACUACUACAACAACAACAACAACAACAACUACCGCCCCAACUGGAAAAACUACAAGCAGCAUCCUCAAAAACAGCAGCAGCAGAAACGUCAGCAGCCGCAGCCACACCAGCGGCAGUACAACAGUUCACAAGGACAGUCGCAAAACCUGCGUAAAUGCUCCGAGAGCCCCACUCAGGGCCACUCCCACCGCUCUGACAGAUCCUCUUCCCCCUUGUCCAGACUCUCUCAGCAUUCUUGCUCCUCAUCACACUCCUCCUCCCCAAAAUGUAGGCCAGCAUCCGUGCUGGCCAACCCGGCCUCCAAAAAUGUCAUAGAGGACCAAGUGGCCUCAGCAGAAGUCCAGAAGGGAGGACGGGGAGACGAGGAGCCAACGGAGCCUGUUGAUUUAUUGGCAGGAAGUGAGAGGGAAGGUUCAGGCGGUGGGAAAACGGAGGGGAGCUGGCAUGACCUGUCAGACUGCAGCAGUACUCCAAAGAAAAGCAGCCCCCUGGCCUCCGCUGUGACUGCCGGUCAGAGCAGCCAGAGUACAAGUCAGGCGAAUCCUGCUAAACUCCCAAAUGAUGCGAGCAAUGGCGCCCCCAUGUGGCAGAUGGCAGCAAGCAAAAAACCCUCACAUGAAGGUCUGAAUCCCAUGCUGUCCAGCUUUGACUUUUUCUCUCCCGAGGAAUGUCUGGAUGGAGAUAAAAAAGCAAUCUCUAUCGCCUUCAGGAAGUUUUUGGAAGAGGAAAAUAAAAAAUCUAACCCUGCCUGGGAAAACGCAAUGAGCACAGAUGCUAAUGAUGUGGAUGUGGAGAAGGGGAAAGUAAACGGCAAAGCAUCAGCAGCUGCGUCCGACCUGAGAAAGCACAGAGAGGAAAGUGAGGAUGUGGUGUCUCUGAAGAGCUUCUUAAAAGCUUCCCCUUUUCUGUCGGCCGAGGAGGAGGAAGAGGAGGAGGUGGUCGCUAAGCCUCCUUCCAAAUCACUCCACAAAGGCCGGCAUAACGGUGAAGAGACCUCCAAGCCGAAGAGCAAGGUCACUCACUCGGCCAGAAAACUCUUUGAAGAGUGCUUUGCCAAGUGGCAGACUGCGGCGUACUCGCAGUUUGUGAAUGGCGACCUUGACGCCGUGGGAGCGGAGGCGUAUUUCAGUGGGAAGCAGGAUAAAGCAGAGAGGAGCGCUGCUGCUCUUGCUAAGAAGGAGUUCACCAAGAAACUAGAAGAGCCGUCUGCAGACAUGAGCAGUAAAGCAAGGAAGAUGGCAACGAGUCCCUCCAUCCCGGCCUUUACCUCAACAGUGAGGAGGAGCGGCGACAGAGAACUGCUGACGGUCGGAGGACAGGACACACCUCUCAUGUCCUCAAGAAAAGACAAGGCAAAAUUUAAUGUCAAAAUGGAUUUCCUUGGAGACGGCCUGACUAGCACUUUGGACAUUUUGGCCGAAGAGCGACAGUUGUGUCAGGACCUUGUGCAGUCCUCGAAAAAGAAUCAGGAGUUUCGCUCCAUCUUUCAGCACGUUCAGGCCCCUCAGUCGCAGAAGAGCCCGUCUGAGCUGUUUGCUCAGCACAUCGUCGCCAUCGUUCACCACGUUAAAGCCCAGCACUUUCCGUCUUCUGGCACGACUUUAAACGAGCGAUUCACCAUGUACCAAAGACAAGCUGCAGAGAAGGAAAUGAUGAAGCCAAGAAAAAGCCCAGAGAUACACAGGCGAAUUGACGUUUCACCAAGUGCUUUUAAGAAACACCCUCAACUUUUUGAGGGGAUGAAAAGCUCAGAGGAAGGCACUUACAAGGACGGCGGGGAAAAAGCGAAGGCUGACCCAAUGGACCUCCGUUUGGACAUUGAGCGUCGAAAAAAGUUUUCCACCUAUGAAAGGGAUUAUAAUCAAGAACGUGGAAGAGCUGUGGGGGAAUCCUCCGAUUUUAGUAGGGAGAGAUCUGAGGAAAAGCUCUCCAAAUAUGGCAAGAAAUCAAAGGACAAGAAGCGCUCUCGCUCCAGUUCGUCCUCAUCUUCCUCCUCAUCCAAAUCUCAUAAAGAUGAAAGCUCAUUACGUGGCAAGUCUGAACCAAAAGAUGAGGUGGCCGACAGGGCGAGGCCGGGUCAGAGGGAGCCACCAGCUCCAGCUGAGGGAGGAUGGCCACAUGGAGGAUUUCAAAUACGAAUCUCUGGAAGAAGCUGGAACAAAGAUAACUUUCAGGGAAACAGUUCCCAUAGCAACCCUCUGAAUGUUGCGUCACAGCCCAAAAGUGCAGACUGGGACCCAGAGUUUACUCCCAAGAGCAAAAAAUACUACUUGCACGAUGACAGAGACAAAGAGCCUGAGUGCAAGUGGAUGGACGGCCGAGGGCGAGGGCGGGGAAGCCUCCCGAGUGGAAGGGCACGAUUCAUAAUCCGCAAAGCCACCGGCGGUGCCAGAAUGAAUAGCCCCAAAUGGGCCCUCGAUAAGUUCCAGGCCAAUGGGGAGCAAGGUGGCAAGGAGGGAAGCGGCGCAAAGCAGGACCACAAGGAGCCGGAGAUGGGUGGGGAUACUUGAGCAGCGGAGCAUGAAGGAAUCUGCUGGAAAUCUUAAGUCUUGUUCAUCCACCACAGCGGAUGCAGAAGUGGCGGUUGAAAUGCUUUAAUAUUAUUGUUUCAGUUUCAGAGCAGUUUUGACAACAAUCGGGACUAGCAGAAAACACUUUUAAAUGCCGCUUCCUAUGAAACUUCAAAGGCUGUGCUACUUUUUGUUCUGUUUUUGCUUUUUUGUUUUGAAUUGUUUCAUGCAGCCUUUUCCAUGACGGAUGUUUUUCCCAUCGAGGCGGUAAGAAGAGCGCUCCUCCGUAAUGGCCCUGGUAUUUUGAAGCAGCAAGAAAUGUACUUCUCAUUGUUAAUCAACUAAGUUUGUGCCUUAUACUUGUGGAAGAGAAGGAUUCUCUGAAGUGUGGUCUCGUCUGGAUGAAAACGAUGGCAGGAACACUGUACUUCUACUAAUUGUUGACACAAGCACAAAAAGAUGACCCUGGUUUGACAACGGGACCAAACUCUGCCGGGUCGAAGGUCGCACUUGCUGUCCGUCGCUCCGCAGCAUCCGAUUGAUAACACUAACUGGCAGCACAAUUCAUCUGUCUUAGGCUGACUACUCGUGCAUUUAAUUUGCUCAUGAAACUUUUUUUGCCGUAUCUUAGCUUGACCACAAAUGCCACUAGAAUGUAUAUGAUUGGCAAACAUGACACGUUUUUCCUGCAUAGACAUUCAUUUUAGUUUUUGUGUCUGACUUUACUUUGAAAGAGGAUUAGUGUUUGUUACCUUAGACUUUAAUGUAUUUUCUCUGUGUUUGCAAGAUUUUAAUCAGUUAUAAAACAUGAAAAUAUUGGGAAAAAAGCUUAUUUUAUAUGGUAGUUUCCACAGAGAUGAGAAAAUGCUUGAUGAGUGUGUGUAUUCUGUGCUAAGCGUUCUUUUUUUUUAAGCCUGGGAUAGAACUGGGUUACAUCAUUUGUUUGCCUCGUUGCUUGUAAAUUAAAGGCCAAACAGACAGAGAUUCCUGUUUUGAUUGUUUAAAGAUGAACUUUUGGGGGAAUAUUCCUUUUUUUUCCUGUUUAGUUGUCACUGUUUUCUAGACUGUAAAUUAAAGAGACACAGGAUAUUUUGAUAA